AUGGACUUGACAUUCAUAGCAUCCACCCAACAGCACCAAGAGUGCAUAUUCUGUGCAGCCCAUGGAACUUCCUCCAAACUAAAUCAUAAAGACUUUCAUAUCAUACCAAAGGUCACCACAAACUCACUUGGUGAAGCAAAUAUGAAGUUCGCACUAGAUCUGUACCAGCAGCUCAGAAAAUCAGAGGACAAUGUUUUCUAUUCUCCUGUCAGUGUCAUGACGGCAUUAGCAAUGCUCCGGCUUGGAGCCAAAGGAAACACGGCACAAGAAAUUGAGAAGGUCCUUCAAGUCAAUGAAGCCACAAAGAAGACAACAGAAAAGGGUACAGCCUGCCAAGAUGAAAAGUCAGAAAAUUUCCAUCACCACUUUCAAAAGAUUAUGACUCAAUUAAACAAAUCCACUGAUGCCUAUGACCUGAAGAUUGCCAAUCAUAUCUAUGGAGCAAACACUUUUCAAUUUUUCCAGGAAUAUUUGGAAGACAUUAAGAAAUUUUACCUAGCCAAUGCAGAAUCUCUUGAUUUUGUAAAUGCUGCAGAAGAAAGUCGAAAGAAAAUUAAUUCCUGGGUGGAAAGCCAAACAAAUGGAAAAAUCAAAGACUUAUUUGGCAGCGGGACUCUGAAAAGCAACACUGUACUGGUUCUGGUGAAUGCAGUCUAUUUCAAAGGACAGUGGAAUCAUAAAUUUUAUGAAAAGCGUACUAAAGAAGGAAAAUUUUGUCUGAACCAGAAUACGAGCAAAUCUGUGCAGAUGAUGCAGCAAAGGAAUUAUUUCAACUUUGCCUUACUGGAGGAUGUACAAGCCAAAGUCCUAGAAAUACCGUACAAAGGAAAAGAGCUAAGCAUGUUCGUGCUGCUGCCAAAUGAAGUUGAUGGUCUGAAGGAGCUGGAAGAUAAACUCACUGCUGACAAACUAACAGAGUGGACGAGCCCACAGAAUAUGCACAUGAUGGAGGUGUAUUUAUCUUUACCUCGGUUCAAAGUGGAAGAAAAGUAUGACCUCGAGGAUGUGCUGGAACACAUGGGGAUAAAGGAUGCCUUCAGCUCAGGGAAGGCCGAUUUCUCAGGCAUGAGUGAGAGCCUAGAUCUUGUAGUUUCUAAAGCUUUACACAAGUCCUUUGUGGAGGUGACUGAAGAGGGAACAGAAGCUUCAGCUUCCACGGGAGUAGAAAUUUCUCUAACAUCAUCACCAAUAAGUGAAGAUUUCGCUUGUGAUCACCCUUUCCUGUUCUUCAUCAAAGAAAGCAAGACCAACAGCAUCCUCUUCUUUGGCAGAGUCUCUUCCCCUUAA